GGGGCUUAAAAAGCAUACGCACUCUGAAAAGCCAGCCAGCUCGCUGGAGGGACCACCCGACCGAGCAAGGCGUAUCGGAAAGAAACUGGACUUUUGAGCAAAUCUAUACGCUGGAUGAUAUUUUCUUUGUGGUUCCAAAAGACAACGUUGUGAAGAGCAUCAAAACUUAAGGAGGAGAGAAGUUUUGCCAACUUCUCCACCAUGCUGUACACUCUGGCUGGAGGAGGCACACUCUGCGGCGUGGCUGCCCUGGUGCUCUUAAUCGUCUCCACAGCUACCGACUUCUGGAUGCAGUAUCGUUACUCGGGUAGCUCAGCCAAUCAAGGCCUUUGGAGGUUUUGCAUCAACCACAAAUGUCAUGCUCACACCAUCACUGUAGCCUUCUGGGAUGCGACUCGGGCCUUCAUGCUGCUGGCUGUGCUCAGCUGCUUUGCUGGCGUGGUGCUCGGCCUGAGUGCUUUCACCAAUGGGACCAAGAACAAGAGGGUGCGCAUGGGGGGCAUUGCCCUGGUCUUUUCAGGUUUUCUUGCUCUCUUGGCUCUCUCCAUCUACACGGGAGUGACAGUCACUUUCUUUGGGAAACGCUUCUUGGACUGGCGAUUUUCAUGGUCCUACAUCAUCGGCUGGGUGGCCAUCAUCCUGGCUUUUGCAGCAGGUAUUUACAGUAUCAGUGGUGUGUUUCAGCUCUGUGCUUACCAGCGAACAACCGCAGAACCUUCGCCCCCAAAUGUCUCUGACAGUUGAACCACAACACACUGCGGCAAUGCAACUGAUGCUUGUCAGUAGUUAGAAUAAAGAGAAAUCAUACACGUGCUGUGUGCCUUCUCUGCUAUAGAAAAAUAAAACAAUAUAGUACAACACUA